AUGGCCCCAAGCGGGAACACCCGCCUGUCCCCACACGCCCAUAUGGAACACUGGACGAAUGAGCUGGGUCCGAGUGAGAUCAACUCGACACUGGAAACCGACGCCGACCACCAGCUCAUGGUCAUCCCAGAGAACAUGGAGGAGGAAUUGCAUCGCCUGGGCGCCUCCUCCGACAUGAUCUUUCAUCUCAAAGAGGAUGACGAGAUGGUGCAUUUGCCGAUGCCCGGCAACCUCGACAGAUCAAUUCGCACCGAGGCUUUGCGUUGCAUGUUCAACAUGCUUCAGGCACAUCCUUUGGGUACAAGCAGUUGGUUUCAGGCGGCCCUGCUUUUUGAUCGCAGCGCAGCAAGCAAGAGCUUCUGCUUGGAAAAGCUACCGCUGACCUGUACGUGCUUGACAGGCAUUGCCUUGAAGUGCGACUUUGCUACAUGGCUGGAUUCCACACAGAACUGCGUGACUGCAGCAGUGUCCAACCGAACAGUCUCGCAGCAUGAGAAGAAGGUCUUAGAGGCGCUCGAUUUUCGCGUGGUAGCCCCCUGCGUACUGCGGUGGUGCCAGACUUACUUCACUCGCUUCGGACUCUUGGCGAGCCGGGAUUUCCAACUUCCCCUUCAGCAGAUGCACGGAACGGUGUUGAUGUUCGCACGCGCCGUGGUGAUGUGUGUUCCAGCCUCCCCAAUGCUCAGCCACGGCAAGCUGGCCGCCGGACUGUUUAGCCUGAGCUUGGUGUUCUCGGGCCUGCUGCCAAUGGCCAGCCUCAUGCCGUCGAGCAUGAGCGUUGCAGAGUGGACCGCCCUUUUUGCAGCGACCCCUCCAGCUGUAACGAUGAGGCUCAUGGACAUGAUGUGCUUGGCCGUCAUGGAAAAGCCUGACGUCAUCCGCGCCUGGUCAAGGCAUGCAGUAGAAGCCUUGAGCGAGUCACUGCAGCAAGUUCUCAUCUUCCAAGGGCAGCAAGGAGCAAGGAAGGCCUAG